AUGAGAAACCACACUGGAGAGAAACCAUUUGUCUGCUCCACCUGUGAUAAAGGGUUUGCCCGGAAAGAUCACCUCAAAUCACACAUGAGAAACCACACUGGAGAGAAACCAUUUGUCUGCUCCACCUGUGAUAAAGGUAAAGGGUUUGCACAUAAAGGAGACCUCAUAUCACACAUGAGAAACCACACUGGAGAGAAACCAUUUGUCUGCUCCACCUGUGAUAAAGGGUUUGCACAUCAAGGAGACCUCAGCAAACACAUGAGAAUCCACACUGGAGAGAAACCGUUCAUCUGCUCCACCUGUGGUAAAGGGUUUGCACAUAAAGGAGACCUCAUAUCACACAUGAGAAACCACACUGGAGAGAAACCGUUCAUCUGCGCCACCUGUGAUAAAGGGUUUGCCUGGAAAGGACACCUCAGGAAACACAUGAGAAUCCACACUGGAGAGAAACCGUUCAUCUGCUCCACCUGUGAUAAAGGGUUUGCACAUCAAGGAGACCUCAGCAAACACAUGAGAAUUCACACUGGAGAGAAACCAUUCAUCUGCUCCACCUGUGAUAAAGGGUUUGCCUGGAAAGGAGACCUCAGCAAACACAUGAGAAUCCACACUGGAGAGAAACCGUUCAUCUGCUCCACCUGUGAUAGAGGGUUUGCCUGGAAAGGACACCUCAGGAAACACAUGAGAAUCCACACUGGAGAGAAACCGUUCAUCUGCUCCACCUGUGAUAAAGGGUUUGCACAUCAAGGAGACCUCAGCAAACACAUGAGAAUUCACACUGGAGAGAAACCAUUCAUCUGCUCCACCUGUGAUAAAGGGUUUGCCUGGAAAGGACACCUCAGGGAACACAUGAGAAUCCACACUGGAGAGAAACCAUUUGUCUGCUCCACCUGUGAUAAAGGGUUUGCCUGGAAAGGAGACCUCAGGAGACACACCAGAAUCCACACUGGAGAGAAACCAUUCGUCUGCUCCACCUGUGAUAAAGGGUUUGCCUGGAAAGGAGACCUCAGCAAACACAUGAGAAUCCACACUGGAGAGAACCUGUAG